AUGAGGAUCCAGCUAUUUGCGGUGUUAUUCGCCUCCGUGUGGGCACACGAGGUCCAUGUUCCCGAUAAGGCUAACGCCGACGACGGCGCUACCCUGAGACCUGCGGAGUGGGAUGACUGGCACAUGGCGGCGGAACACCACGUCGAUCAAUGGGACGCCGCCACUUUCUUUAAACUCCACGAUGUCAGCGAUAAAGGCUACUGGGACCAGCUGGAUAUCUUGUAUAUCUACGGUUUGGCCAAAGAUAAGCUUGUUGGCGAUGGUCUGGGGAUGGGACAACACGACCACGGCCACGAAACCGUGAGUGCUGAGGAUAAGGCCCGGGUUGUGAGCACUGUGCUUGCCUUGAUGUCUACCGAAAAUGAUGGUAAAAUUACGCCUGAUCAAUUUGCCGCGUUUGUGGCCCUGGGCAAGCACCUUCCUGAUUUCGGGUUCGGUCAAGGCCACCACCUCGACUUUGAAGCCGAAUAUGAGGACCACCACUGGAACCAGUAUCAUCGAGAUGCUGACCCUGAUGUCUUAGUGAAACAUAAAGAGGAUAUUGAGCACGAAUUGCUCCACCAUUUCCAUGAGAUCGAUGAAGCUCAUGAUGAGGCGCCGGAGAUUAGAGAGUAUGCUCGCACCUACCAAUCGCCGAUUAAAGUGGAGAAUAUUAAGGCUAAGUAUCGGAGAUCCUGA